AUGGCUCCAUUUGAAGCUCUUUAUGGAAGAAAGUGCAGAUCACCUGUAAAUUGCGAUGAGACAGCUCAAAGUCGUCAGAAAAGUUAUGCAGAUCGAAGGCGAAGAGAUCUAGAGUUCGAAGUUGGUGAGCACGUUUUCUUAAAAGUGUCGCCCACUAAGGGAGUUAUGAGAUUUGGUCAAAGAGGGAAGUUAGCCCCAAGAUUUAUUGGCCCAUUUGAGAUCUUACAAAAGGUUGGGCCUGUGGCAUACAGAUUGGCAUUGCCCCCGGAUUUGGCUAGCAUCCAUGAUGUAUUCCACGUGUCAAUGCUUCGAAAAUAUAUCAGGGACCCAUCACAUGUCAUAUCUUACCAACCUCUACAACUACGAGAUGAUGUCACUUUUAGAGAACAACCAACCCAGGUCUUGGAAAAAAAAGAACAUGUUCUGAGGAACAAAAUUAUACCUUUGGUAAAGAUUUGUUGGCAACACCAUUCAGACCAAGAGGCAACGUGGGAAAGAGAAGAAGAUAUGCGAGAGCAGUAUCCUCAU